AUGAAUUUAUUAAUUCUAUUUGUUUUAUUUGUAUCCAUAUUUGGACAUUCACUAGGUUAUGGUGAAUCUGAUCCAGAUGGAAAUCCAAUAUGGAGAGAACGUGAAAGUCAUGUCAUUACCAACACAAUAAGAAUGGCACCACAAGACUUUGUUCCAAUGUAUUAUCCAUCACAUGUUGCUUCCAACUUUAUGCAAUAUGUAAUCUAUCCACCUGUUGGUCCUCUAUACUUAACAUUGAAUGGAUCACGUGUUGCCAAAGCACACAGUGUAGACCUUGGUACCAAUGGAUGUUUCGAACACAAUGACUGUAACGGUACCCUAGUCAGUCGUAGGUUCAACAAGUUCCUCAACUACUACUGUCUGGACAAUUGGUCCGAGAACAUGGCACAAAGGAUUGAGGAUGGAAAGUAUGCGACUUUUGGAUUGUUAUGUGAGACUACUUCAACUUGUUUCCCAGACUUGCAGAAUGAUGGACAUCGAUCAACUAUGAUGAACCCAGACUUUAACUCAAUGGGUGUUGGUAUGAUGUAUGGACCCGAUGUCUAUACUCAGGACUUCUUCCAAGACAGGUGUUUGACAUUGGACUAUCCAGUUCACUCUGGUUCACAUACCUACAACAUCUCAUCAUCCUCAUCCCAAGUGAUCACUUUAUACUACUUGGCAACAUGGCAUCAUAACACAAGUGCACCUACUUCUGCCAAGUUGUUUGUCAAACCAAAUAAUGGUAGUUCAUGGGUAUCUGACCUAAAGUUACAACUUGGCAAGUCAAAUGCUGGAACAUACUUUUACAAGACAGAGUCAUUCCAAGAGUGCCAACAAUACUACUUUGUAUUUGAAUUGGGAUCAAAGACCUAUCGCUACCCUGAGACUGGUGUGCUCCAGACCCUCACCUUAGACAACCAAGAAUGUCCAUCAUGGGUCAACACCAACUUCAUCGUGGACACUGACCAUCCAUCAUCUGCACCAUCCAUUCCAAGGUCGCACUCCAUAAUCAUCCUCGUCAUCCUCAUCAUCCUCACCAUCCUGGUCAUC